AUGGCAAACCAGGAGGCAAUCGCCGACUUCUUCAAACAGACGAUGACCUCCCGCGCCGCCUGCGAGGACAAGGCACGCAGCCUCACGGGCAGCGACAGGAUUGAGCCAGUUGAAAUCCAGGGGACGAGCGACCUGGCGAGGCAGAUCCACGGAUCAAUGGUGCCUACUGUUGAGUUCCGCGGCGAGCUCGGGAGCAGUGACGGAGACGACGAGACGGGCAGGAAGCCGCGACUGGUCUAUCUCAUGUCGCGGAUCUUCUUGGCUCAAUCCUGGCUCCAGCCGCAACCCGUCCCGCCUGAACACCGGGACAAGAUCAAGGCCGAGUACAAGCACGACCUGGGACGCCUCCACAGCAGUGUACCGGAGCGAUUCUGGCCUCAUGUUGAGACUUGCCUGGUCUCUCUCGAUGCCAUAAUGUCCCUGCCAAUGGCCCUCGUGCACAGGGACUUUGGUGCCUGCAACGUCUUGGUGGACGCGGAGACUUGCCACCUGCGCGGCGUGAUUGACUGGGCCGAGGCGGUGGUCUGCCCCUUUGGGCUCAACCUGCACUCUGUGGUGUCAUUUGCAGGCACGAUGCGCCUGUAA